UGAGGCCAGUGUCCUGCCCUGAGCUGGACAGUACCCCCUUCCUCUGUGUCAGGACGCCGUCAGGACAGGCAGCAGACGAGCCUCCAACAUGAACGACAUCUACAAGGCAGCGGUUGAGCAGCUGACAGACGAACAGAAAAAUGAGUUCAAGGCCGCCUUUGACAUCUUCGUACAAGAUGCCGAGGACGGCUGCAUCAGCACCAAGGAGCUGGGAAAAGUGAUGAGGAUGCUUGGCCAGAACCCCACACCAGAGGAGCUGCAGGAGAUGAUUGACGAGGUGGAUGAAGAUGGGAGUGGCACGGUGGACUUUGACGAGUUCCUGGUCAUGAUGGUGAGGUGCAUGAAGGACGACAGCAAAGGGAAAACAGAGGAAGAACUGGCAGAGCUGUUUCGCAUGUUUGACAAGAACUCAGAUGGUUACAUUGACCUGGACGAGUUGAAAAUGAUGCUUGAAUCUACAGGAGAAGCAAUUACUGAGGACGACAUCGAGGAGCUGAUGAAAGAUGGGGACAAGAACAACGAUGGCAAAAUUGACUACGAUGAGUUCUUGGAGUUCAUGAAGGGAGUGGAGUAAUCCUGAACAAGAGAAGAUUAUUUUUGUAUUUCUCUGUGACUACAUGGUCAUCUGUGGAACUCUUGGAAGCUGACUUUGGAUGGCACUGGAACGACUUUGCAAGAUUUAGUUGAAUACUCUAUCUGAAUGUUUCUGUAUUUUCCUACCAUGUCUUGCAUCGUUGUAAAUACAGUUUGUAACUAUUUUGGUGCCCAUGUAUACUGAAUUUGUGUAAAUGUAUCCAAAUUGCUUAUAUUUUCUGUAGAACACCAGUUUGGCUGCUUGACAUAUCAAUUAUCAAUCUUCCAGAGCCAGUUUACAAAUCUUUCUACUGAGAGGCUUAUAUCGUUUAGCCGGGCAGAAAAUGUAUGUGUGCACAAAGCAGAACAUAUCAAUGAGUCAACAGUUUUACACCAAAGCUCUGGUAGACUUAUCAUACUUUUAAAGCUAUGUACUGGAUCAAGUCUGUAUAUUGCAUGUUAUGAUGUGCACAUUGUAUACAUUUCUGCAUUUCUGUUUAAGAUACCCUCAGGACUUCUUAUUACCCCCU